AUGUUAACAAUUUUGUCACUUUUAAAAAAGUAUGAUGAUCUGAUUUUGAAUAAUGCGUCACAAAUUAGCUCCAUUGAGAGUUCUUUAAGGACUUUGACUUAUGUUUUACCUGGACGUUUUGCGGAUGCCGAGUUUGCAUCAGAAGCGUUAUUUGCUGCGUUGAACUUGAUUGGAUUAUACCAUGAUUCCAUUUUGGCUCGAGCUGCAGAAAAUUUACCACCAUCGAAAAAACCAUCGCCAUCACCUCAUAAUAGAUACACGAGAUAUUGGAUAAAUUCAUCCAAAACAUAUCAACAUGCUUCGCUUGCGUUAACAUUCUUGCAGUAUACCGAUGUUUUAUUAGAAAUGGGUGUACAAAAAAAAUGGGGGAAAGAGGUUAAGUGGAAAUUGAUCAGCAUAAUUGAACUUAUAAAAGUGAUUUGCCGGAUCAUUCUUUUAUAUAAAACUCACGAACGUACUGUAAUUGAACCAACUAUCCCGAAACGAGAAAUUGACCCAUCAGUUUUUAACUCUGAAGACUUAAACAAAUCAAACGAUGAUGCGAUAAAUCAUGAACAAAGGGAGUCAGAUACUUGGGUUGGAAAAUAUACUAAACGAGUACACGAUAGUAUAUCUAUAGUUCGAAAGGGAUGUGUACAAUCUUCUCAGUAUUAUGAUGUGAAUGAUUAUUUAAUGAGUAAAGUAUUGAUGGUUGAAGAUGUACGAAAACCACCAGACCUAGUGCAUAAAUUGCAUUCAUUUGGAAAACUCGGCGAAUUGUUAUAUAUUCUCAGACCAUUAAUUUAUGUUAUCGCUUUGCAAAAAUAUGGUAAUAAGUCAUGGCGGCCAUGGCUAUUGUCAUUAAUCAUAGAAUUGUCAACAAUUAUCCUUACCAAUUCCUUUUAUAAGAAACAUAUACCUGGCGGGUACCGAUGGUUAUCAACGUUAGAGAAGGAAGAACGAAAGAGGCGUAUUAAACAAUUCUUCUUUUAUAUAUUAAGAGGACCUUUUUACGAACACCUUACAAGGUAUCAAUUAUUGAACUAUUAUCAUAGUCAUUAUUAUGGAAGAGUGAUAUUAUAA